AUGGCUGGUAUCAAACCUGGGAAAGACUCCAGCAAGACUAAGACCAAGUCUGUGUCCCAUUCACAAGGGGCUGGCUUACAGUUUCUGGUGGGCCGUAUUCAGCAGCAUCUGAAAUCAAGGACUACCAGUCAUGGAUGUGUGGGAGCUAUAGCUGCUGUGUUUAGUGCUGCUAUCUUGGGGUACCGCACAGAUGAAGAACUGGAUUCCCUAAUCAAAGCAACCAUUACUGGUGCAGGUGCAAUUCCACAUAUCCACAAAUCUCUCAAUGGAAAGAUAGGAUGGGAGCUAGAGUAGUACAACC